CCCUUAUUCUCGUGUAUAUAUGCAUAUGCUUGGCUUUUCCUUCUCUUUCACUUUAAUAUUCUACUCAUAUAAGAAAAAAAUCUCCAUCUCCUCAUACAAAUUCUCAAUUCGAUCUAAUAAUCUUCAAGGAGAUUCUCAGAUUCAGCUCUUUAUGGAUCAUUUGUUACAACACCAGGAUGUUUUCGGGAAUUACAUCAAAGCUCGAGAUGCCAUGGGAGUAUCAUGUCCAUCAAACCCAACAGAACUGGAUGUCAAUCAGAAAAAAUCCUCUCCGGAGACUGGGACAGCGAAGCCACAGCCACCGGAGCUAGCCCUGAGAUGUCCACGCUGCGACUCAACAAACACAAAGUUCUGCUACUACAACAACUACAGCCUCUCUCAGCCUCGCUACUUUUGCAAAUCAUGCCGGAGAUAUUGGACCAAAGGUGGAACACUAAGGAACAUUCCCGUAGGAGGCGGCUGCCGCAAAAACAAACGGUCCACAUCUUCGGCGACAAGAAGCCUCAGAACCACACCAGAACCAGCCUUCUCGGCGGCGAGUUUCGGUGGGUUUGGUAACAAUGAACACACUGAUCUCAGCUUAGCCUUUGCCCUGCUGAACAAGCGACCUCAGGGGAAUUCUUCACAUCUAGGGUUUCCUUCAGCAUUCGGUAACUCUAACUCUCAUCAGACUGACAUGGAGAGUGUGUUUGGAACAAGCCAGAAAAUUGAGAACGCUGGUUAUGCGUUUGGAAACGGGAGCAGCGGUUUGGAUAUGGCUAUGAGUGAUCCAAACAAGGUCUUAUGGGGGUUUCCAUGGCAGAUGAAUGGAGAGAGCUUUGGAAUGAUGAACAUGGGAGGAGGAGGAGGUGGUGGUCAUGCAGAUCAGAUUGAUUCAGGGAGAGAGAUUUGGACCAAUAUGAACUAUAUAAACUCUGGUGCUUUAAUGUAGUUCAAAUUAAAAGCUCCAGUUUAUAUGGGUUUUAGUUUAAUUAGCGUUUUCAUAAUUUAAUUUACUGGGAGAAAGGUGGAGGCUACCUAAGUUAUGAAAUGGUUAAUGAAAUAUAGAUAUAUUAGGGCAAACUUACAAUAUGGGUUUUUUUCAAAAAAAAAAAAAACUUACAAUAUGGGUUGGGGGGGGGGGGGGGUUGCUGUUGAGUUUCUUUCUUUUUUAUGUUCAUCGUUUCAUUAUGUUUUUAAUGUGACAUUUCCUUUGUUUAAUUUUUUUCUAAGAUAA